GUUAGACUUUGCAGGCAGAUGUUGGUCUGGCUCGCUCCACGGAUGCGCACCGACCUUGGAGUCUCCAGAUGCGCAGCGGAGGAUGAUGCGCACUGAAGUCAAGUAGAGCCGAGCAGAGCGCACAGCGAGGAGAGCGCUGUCUGCAGCCCUGUCAGCGGGAUCCGGCUCGCUCGGCUGGACUCUGCAUGCAGAAGUGCACAUCUUGUUAUGGCAUUGUUCGGGGUUAAGUAAAAAGACGGAGAAGAAAGCCGACAGAUACCCGACAUUUUAUUUCGCUUUGGCUUGAUGCACAACUUAGGAGCUUUGUUUCAGUCGAGCCUCUGCAUAUAGCCCGACACGCUCUUUGUAGAGAAAUCCAAGUGAGUCUUCAGCUCAGGGAAAUUUUCACUCAGCAACCCGAGAGACGGAGACGUUUGGGAGGAUUUUAGGACAUUUUUCCCGAAAGUGGAUGGAAAAGGAUGAUUUCUACGGCCUUACCCAUCUAAGUGAGGUAUUACCUUUGGAAGAGGGUGAUCACAGCGAUGCAGCAUGUGGGUCUGCUUCUGCCCAUAUCUUUCAGAGAGGAUUUAAGCGCCGCUCAUCUUGAAUAAGUCGAGAAGUCAUCCAAGAUGAGAGCUCUGCAAACACUCUUGUUUCUUUUUCUCCUGCACCAGGUCGCAUGCAGGAAGGCGCACGGAGCGGCGACGGAGCUCAUCGAAUGGGGGGAAAGCGAUAACGAGCAGAAGUUUUCUCCCACGGGGGCGAGUCCGCGGAUCCUGAACCCCCUGCGUUUGUUUGCCCGGGGCUCCCCUGGGUUCAAGAGCAACAUGAGGGAAGUGACAUAUUUAGAGAACAUGGAGGACUUCUGGGACUGGUUAUCUAACCAGACAGAUGUUCAGGGGGCGCAGGCCAGAACUAAACGCAGGCCCAUCGUCAAGACCGGCAAAUUCAAAAAGAUGUUCGGAUGGGGGGACUUCCACUCCAACAUCAAGACUAUCAAACUCAACCUGCUGAUCACGGGGAAGAUCGUGGACCACGGGAACGGCACCUUCAGCGUUUACUUCCGCCACAACUCCACGGGCCUGGGGAACGUGUCGGUCAGCCUGGUGCCGCCCUCCAAGGUGGUGGAGUUCGAGAUCGCCCAGCAGUCCACGCUGGAGACCAAAGACACCAAAUCGUUCAACUGUCGCAUCGAGUACGAGAAGACGGACCGCAACAAGAAGACCGCCCUGUGCGGCUUCGACCCGUCCAAGGUGUGCUACCAGGAGCAGACGCAGAGCCACGUGUCCUGGCUGUGCUCCAAACCCUUCAAAGUCAUAUGCAUCUAUAUAGCCUUUUACAGUGUUGACUAUAAACUGGUGCAGAAGGUUUGCCCUGACUAUAACUACCAUAGCGACACACCCUACUCCUCCACGGGAUGACCUGGUGUUGGGUAGCAUGCGCAUCAAGCUCCCGUUGCUCCCUUAAAUUAAUGUAAAUGUCAAAUCAGCCUCUGAGAUCCUAGUCCCUCAACACUCACACAUCAGACAUGCAGGAGCUGCAACACACCCUUGGGGAAUUUGGUGUAUUUGUUCAAAACUUUUGUAUAUAAUGUAAGAUCACAACCUAAGACGAGGCAGGUGUCCAGGGAUUAGGAUUUAGGAGUUGACUUGGGAUUCAGAAUUAGCUCCAAACCCUGGGUGACUCCUUCCUCCAUGUCUCCCUCUCAUCACAACAGCACAUGUUCUCUGUAAACCACCACUGGUAAUUAGUAGCUUGUCCAGAUGUUUUCCACCAGGCUAGACCAUAGGCGAGCAGCUCCCCGGCUCAAAGUAGAUUGCCUGCCUAGUUUGUGCCAGCAGACCUGCAAAGAUGCUAACAUAGUCAAGCAUUUCCUUCCUCCAACUUCCUCGGCUCAUUAAAAUAUUCAAACACGGCAUGAAAUAUGGCAAGAUGUUUAAAUAACUUCUCAUAUUUCACAUAGAAAAAGAUGCUGGAAUUCGCAUUUGAGGAGAUAUCAAAUGGCGGACACUUCCUUUGUGAUGAUGAUGCGGCAUUUUGGUCAAAAUAAUCUGUUCAUUGUCUUUGAUACGGAGCCAACAUCCAUUUGUUGUCGUUACAGAGCAGAGGAGGCACAGCAUCCAGCAGCAUAUUUCAGAUUAGUUUGAUCGAUGGGUAUUUUUUUUUUUUUUUCCACAUAACUUUGAUGAAUCAAUAUGGCCUUACAACCUAAUAUUAAGUGCCCGUGACAAUAUAAAUUGAUCAAAUAAAUCCAACCUGGCGGUAUUCUACGAGCAGGUUGAGAGUUUGUGACUAAAUCAUUACAUAUAAUCUCGCCAUUUGAAACAUCAGUACCCGUCCACACAUAAUCUGGCAGCUGCCUUGUUUACGUAUCAAACUGCUCGCUGCUGCGGUGAUCACGAGAUGAUGCAUACGCUAAAACUAAUCUGAAAUCCAGCGUCUGUUUUUUGAGCAGUUUGAGGCGUCAGUCUGCCUGGAGCACCCAGCAGUGGAUUAAUGUGUCAGCAGAGGUGUGGGAAAGCGAUAAUUGGAGGACAGGUGGAUUUAGUGAGUCUGGCAGACAAUUAACAGCACUUUGUCAUGGUCCUGCCACCAGCCCUGACAUUUCCUGUCUUUAAUAGGCUUUAAUUACACUGGGAAAUUUCAUUUACUCAACACCAACAGUGGAGAAACUAAAAGCAAAAA